UAAACAAAGCGCUCGUGCAUAGGUACCGAUCGCGUUGUGGCUGGCAACGGUGUAUGAGCGGCGGUGCUUGCUAGUCGCUCAGCUAACGCCGAACAGUGCGGUUUAUCUCUAGCGCUAGAAGCGCAACGGUCAAAGCAAAAAAAGCAUAUAUCUAUUAUCUACUAGUUCAGCCUUUAUCGUCUGCUUCGCACAGAGUGAAAAUAUUUUGACGCCAAACUGAUUUGUUAUUUGAAUCCAACGCACAAAUGACUACCAGUUUUGUCAUCAAUGACACGCCCUAUGACGUGGACUUGAGCAGCUUGCCGGUGGACAUAACGCUGAACACAUUUCUGCGUGAGCAUGCCCAGCUGACAGGAACGAAAUUCAUGUGUCUGGAGGGCGGCUGUGGCGUUUGUAUCUGCGUCGUUAGGGGCAAGCAUCCGGCGAGCGGCGAAACACGCACUUGGGCCGUCAACUCAUGCUUGACUCUACUGAAUACCUGCACGGAUUGGCAAAUCACCACCGUCGAGGGCAUCGGCAAUAAACGAGAUGGCUAUCAUCCGAUUCAAAAGCGCUUGGCGAAGCUGAACGGCACUCAGUGUGGCUUUUGCUCGCCCGCUAUGGUGAUGAAUAUGUAUGGACUGCUUGAAUCUAAGGGCGGUAGAGUCACCAUGGAGGAAGUGGAGAACUCGUUCGGUGGCAACAUUUGCCGCUGCACCGGUUAUCGGCCGAUAUUGGAUGCCAUGAAAUCCUUUGCCAUCGACAGCAAUAUUGAAGUUCCCGGCUGCUGCGAUGACAUUGAGGACUUCGAAUUUGUCGUUUGUCCCAUGGCGGGUGGACAAUGUGCGAGGAGCUGUCAAAAGCCCCUAGCUAUGCUGGCCUACGAGAAUGGCACUUAUUGGUAUUGGCCUCGAUCACUCGCUGAUGUUUUCAAUGCACUAGGUAAAGUGGGCAACGAUCAGUACAUGUUGGUGGCAGGAAAUACUGCACAUGGCGUCUACAGACGACCCCCGGGUAUCAAGCACUUUAUCGACUUGCAUGCGGUGCCGGAAUUGAAACAGCAUUCCAUUGUCGGCGAAAAACUCACAUUGGGCGCCAACUUGAGCCUCAACGAAGCUAUUGAGAUUUUCCAAAAAAUGUCUCAGCGUCCGGGCUUCGAGUAUUGUCAGCAGUUGUGGCAACAUUUCGAUUUGAUCGCGAACAUACCUGUGCGCAAUACAGGCACACUUGCGGGCAAUAUCAGCAUAAAGAAGAUGCACCCAGAGUUCCCCUCGGAUGUUUUUCUCUCAUUUGAGGCACUCAAUGCGCAGAUUGUUAUUCAGGAGCCUGCAGCGCAGCCGAAAACCAUGCCCCUGCUGGAAUAUCUCAAACAAUCGUUCAAUAAAGCUGUGGUCAUUGCAUUUGAGCUGAGAGCAUACCUAAAGGGCAGGUUCAUUUACCACUCUUACAAAAUCACACCACGGGCACAAAACGCGCAUGCCUUCGUGAAUGCUGCCUUUUUACUUGACAUGGACGUGACUUCUUGGGGUGUAGUUAACUCGGCUCGCAUUUGCUUCGGUGGCAUCCGUCCCGAUUUCGUGCACGCUUAUGCCACCGAAGCAUGCUUAGUAAAUCAAAAUAUAUUUGACAAAGAGAUUUUGACCAGGGUAUUUGUCACUUUAAAUAAUGAAGUGCUGCCUGAUGAAGUACUACCGGAGCCCUCACCGGGCUACCGUAGGGCACUGGCAUGUGGACUCUUUUACAAAACUUUGCUAAAGCUUGCACCUGCAGAUAAGGUGAAACCUGAGUACAGAAGUGGUGCGGACAUUCUAAGGCGACCACUCUCAUCCGGCAUGCAAACUUUUGAGACAAUAGAAAAAAAUUAUCCCAUAACACAACCAGUACAGAAACUCGAUGGUUUGAUCCAGUGCUCUGGAGAAGCCACUUAUAUGGAUGACACACUCACAACUUCUAACGCCGUCUUCUGUGCAUUCGCCAAUGCCACCAGGGUGGGUGCCCACAUUGAACAGAUCGACUCAUCGGAAGCUUUGGCCAUGACGGGCGUUGUCGCCUUUUAUACAGCCAAAGACAUACCCGGCAUAAACAGUUUUAGUGAUCCAAUAUUUCAAUAUGAACUCGAAGAAAUAUUCUGCAGUGGUCCUGUUAAAUAUUACGAACAGCCGUUAGGCGUUGUUGUAGCACUGACCAGUGACAUUGCCAAAAAUGCUGCUUCAAAGAUUAAGGUUAUUUAUAGCAAUCGUCCAAGCUCAGGGAUUUUUCCAACAAUGAAAGAUGUUUUUGAAGCACAGGCAUCGGAACGGAUCAAAGAAAAUACAGCUUCUUGCUCGAAAGAUAUACAACUAUCAGAUCAGCCAGACAUUUCAGCUAGAGGCAUUUUCGAAAUGGGUGGACAAUAUCAUUUUACAAUGGAACCGCAAACCACCGUGGCUAUACCGUUUGAGGAUGGCUUGCAAGUUUGGAGCGCAACACAAUGGAUGGACCACACACAAUGUGUAAUUGCGAAAAUGUUGAAAAUUUCAACGAAUGCUGUGCAGUUAAAGGUGCGCCGACUUGGUGGCGCGUACGGUGCAAAAAUCUCACGUGGCAACCAAGUGGCCUGUGCGGCUUCUCUAGUCGCCUACAAACUCAACCGACCGGCGCGAUUCGUACAGUCCAUCGAGUCGAUGAUGAACUCAAAUGGCAAGCGUUGGGGUUGUCGCUCUGAUUAUGAGUUCCACAUCAAAAGUAACGGUAAAAUUGUAGGAUUCACAAAUACAUAUUACGAGGAUGCAGGAUGUAACUCGAAUGAGAAUCCCACCGAUGAUCUUACGCUAUUAACAUCUAGAAAUUGUUAUGAACUAAAUGACUCAAAUUCAAAGGUGUUCGGACAGGCAGUCAUCACCGAUGCACCGAGUUCAGCUUGGUGUCGCGCACCGGGAUCGGUAGAAGGAAUUGCAAUGAUAGAGAACAUUUUAGAGCAUAUGGCAUUCGAGGCAAACAUAGAUCCCGCAGACGCACGCCUAAUCAAUUUAAAGCCAGGAAAUAAAAUGGUUGAGUUAUUACCGCGGUUUUUACAGUCAACUGAAUACCGACAACGCCGAACUGAAAUCGCUACAUUCAAUGCUAAUAAUCGUUGGGUUAAGCGUGGACUUGGCUUGGCCAUAAUGGAGUUCCCUGUCAAUUUGGUUGGACAAUUUGCAGCUACCGUAGCUAUAUAUCAUGCGGAUGGCACUGUAGUUAUAACUCACGGUGGCAUCGAGAUGGGUCAAGGUAUGAACACGAAAAUUGCGCAAGUGGCUGCGCAUACACUGGGCAUACCGUUGUCGUUUAUCAAGCUCGAAUACAGCGACACCAUCAAUGGUGCAAACUCAGAUGUUACCGGAGGCUCAUUAGGCAGUGAGAGUCUUUGCUUCGCCGUGCGUAAGACCUGCAAUACACUCAAUGAGCGCUUGAGACCGGUCAAGGAGGCACUCGGUAAGAACGCCACCUGGCAAAUGGUAGUGGCUGAGGCCUGGACUAGAACAAUAAACAUGAUUGCCAGCGAGCAUUAUAAGCAAGGCGAUAUGCAGGACUACUUCGUUUACGGUCUGGCACUAACUGAAAUUGAGUUGGACAUUUUAACUGGCAAUCAUUUAAUCAAACGUGUGGACAUCCUAGAGGAUGCUGGCGAAAGUCUAAGCCCUUAUGUUGAUGUUGGACAAGUUGAGGGCUCAUUUGUUAUGCUACUUGGUUACUGGUUAACUGAGCACUUGGUGUACGAUCGUCAAACUGGACGACUGCUAACGAAUCGCACCUGGACUUACAAGCCACCAGGUGCCAAGGACAUACCCAUUGACUUCCGCAUCGAACUGCUGCAGAAAAAUCCCAAUCCUGCGGGUUUCAUGCGCUCAAAGACUACCGGUGAACCUCCAGCCUGUCUGGCAGUCAGCUGUAUAUUUGCCGUACAACAUGCUCUGCAAUCGGCUCGCCACGAUGCUGGCGUUGAACAAAAGUGGAUACGCCUAGGUGCGCCAACAACACCAGAAACAAUCGUUUUGAACUCCGGCACCGACACGAAGUCGUUUUCAUUGGAAUAAUUUUUGUACAAUAUUAUGUUUUCAUGUAUAAUUCUUAAUUAAAUUUCCAAAACAUGUAUAAAUUCAAGUUAUUCAGCAUACUUUCCGAACUGCUUUCUUGGAAAAAUAUAAUUUAGUUCAAAGAAAAUAUUAA